ACAUUCCUUCAUUAGUGAAUCAGUUCAAAAUAAUGUGUUUACUUAUUUCUAGAUAUUUUUCUAAUGAUCAAAAAAUUUAUUUUACUUAUACAAUUUUAUUUCAUUUCUUAAUGUUACAAUUACGAUUAAUGUUUAUUAAUAAUGAAAGAUAAAAUGCCACCAUUUAAACGUAAGAAAUCUACAGGAAAAUCUUUUCCUGUAAAAGUUUGUACACUUGAUGCAGAAUUGGAAUUCAACUUGGAGUUAAAAGCUACAGGUAGAGACUUGUUCGAUUUAGUGUGCCGAACAAUAGGACUGCGAGAAACUUGGUAUUUUGGAUUACAAUAUGAAGACUCUAAAGGAUUUAUUGCAUGGUUAAAGUUAGAUAAAAAAGUUCAAGACCAAGGUAUUCCACAGCAAACAACUAUGCCUUUUAUGUUUCUUGCUAAAUUUUAUCCUGAAGAAGUAGCUGAAGAAUUGGUUCAAGAAGUUACUCAACAUUUAUUUUUUUUGCAAGUUAACCGUGCCAUUCUGUCAAUGGAUAUAUACUGUCCACCUGAAGCUUCUGUUUUAUUAGCUUCUUAUGCGGUGCAGGCUAAAUAUGGUGAUUAUGAUGAAGGAACAUAUAAACCAGGAAUGCUUGCUAGUGAAGAAUUAUUGCCUCAAAGAGUUAUUGAUCAAUAUCAAAUGACUGCAGAAAUGUGGGAAGAACGAAUCAAAGUAUGGUAUGCUGAUCAUCGAGGAAUGUCCAGAGAUGAGGCUGAGAUAGAAUAUCUUAAAAUUGCUCAAGACUUGGACAUGUAUGGUGUUAACUAUUUUCCCAUUAGUAAUAAAAAAGAUACAGAUUUAUGGCUUGGAGUUACAGCUUUAGGUCUUAAUAUUUAUGAAAAAGAAAAUAAAUUGACUCCUAAAACAACAUUCCAGUGGUCAGAAAUUAGACAUGUUAGUUUUGAUGAUAAGAAAUUUACUAUUAAACCAGUUGACAAGACAUCACCAAAUUUUAUAUUUUUUUCCCAUAAAGUUAGGAUGAAUAAAUUGAUUUUAGAUUUAUGCAUAGGAAAUCAUGACCUUUUUAUGAGACGACGUAAACCAGAUUCAAUGGAAGUACAACAAAUGAAAACUCAAGCAAAGGAAGAAAAAUCAAGGCGUCAAAUUGAACGCAAUAAAUUGGCACGUGAAAAACAAUUGAGGGAAAUUGCAGAAAAAGAAAAGGCCAUCAUGGAGCAAAGAUUGUUACAGUACCAAGAAGAAAUCAGAUUGGCCAAUGAAGCAUUAAGACGAUCUGAGGAAACAGCUGAUUUACUAGCAGAAAAAUCACGAGUUGCUGAAGAAGAAGCAAUGCUACUUGGUCAAAAAGCUUCUGAGGCUGAGCAUAAAAUAACACAAUUUCGUUUAACUGCUUUGAAAACUGAAGAAGAAAAAGUUAGUUUGGAACGUAAAACUCGUGAAGCAGAACAAUUGACAGCACGUUUGGUGGAUGAAUCUGAAAAACGAGCAGCAGAAGCAAAUAAACUCAAAGAAGAAUUACUGAGGGCGCGUGUUGCAGAAAAACAAGCUAAAGAAAAGCUACUUGAGUUCCUGUCUAGAAAUGCCUAUAUUAAUACAAGUGUUUCAAGUUUAUAUUCAGUAUCUAGUAGUUCUGUACUUGAUUUACCAACUGAUCUUCAUGCUCUAAGAUUGAAUUCAAAUUCACCAUCACUGACUCUUGGUCAUACUUCUCCACCAACAUUGACUAACCAUCAUUUACCAUCAUAUGACUUAAUAGCUGAAAAUGAUAUGGAACAGCUUUCAUUAGAAAUAGAAAAAGAAAGGGUUCAAUAUUUAGAAAAAAGCAAACAUCUUCAAGAUCAACUACGGGAUUUGAAAACUGAAAUAGAAGUAUUGAAAGUUGAUGAAAAACAGUGUGAACUUGACAUGUUACAUGAUGAACAAGUGAGAUUAGGUGAAAACAAAUACUCAACAUUAAAAAAGGUAAAGUGUGGAUCAACUAAAGCCCGUGUAGCAUUUUUUGAAGAGCUAUAACACUUAAAUAUUGAAUCUCUGAACUAAAAAUGUGAAAUUAUUUUAUUCUCAACUAUAUGUAUUUACAGACGAACAAAGUUGAUAUUAUUUUUAUAAUAUUUAACUAUAACUGUACUUUUUAAUAAGGAAUAGUUAAUAAAAGAAAAUAUUCAAUGUAACUAUUAUUUAAAAAAUGUGUAAUUGUACUACAUUCUGAAACAGGGUGCUAAUAAAUAAUAUUAAUCAAAUGUUAA